AUGUUCGCGUUUCCAUUUACGAUCAACAAAACAUUCGAGUUUUAUUUGAUAAUUGGGCAACCGCGAAUCUGGCUUGCUGGCGUGAUCAAGUGUGAUGCAUCGGACAACGAUAUCAUUACUGGUAUAAAAAGAAAAUCCAAAAAUAACAACGAUGUGAAUAGCGAUCCAUCAUUUAAGAAAGAAUCAGCAAACCAUCUCGAAAAUAUCCAUCAAGAGAAUACAAAAACAACAGAUUCUGGUGACGUUAUUGUACUUUCGAAUAAAUCCAAAGUCAAUAAAAAUAAUUCUUCAACUGCAAUUAAAGGAACGACAUCACUGGAAAUGGAAACGCGCAACUGUAAAUUUGGUAACACUACUCCAAGAACACCCGGAAAAAUUC